AUGGUUGCAGAGGAGGACUCGGCAACUCCCGGAGAGGCUGAGGCCAUACCCGUGGGUGAGACUGUACCUCCAGCACAGCCUCCACCAGAGGAGGCAGGUUUGUCCCAUGCCAUCUCUUUGGCAAUGCGUGAGCAGUACUCGCCGGAAUGCUCCAUCUAUGUGGGCGGCCUGGAAGGUGAUGACGAAAUCUAUCCGGAACAGCUCUAUGAGCACUUCAAGGAAUGUGGGGAGGUGAAGCGAGUGUGUAUCAAGAUUGACAAGGCCUCUGGUGAAAGGAUGGGCCACGCUUACGUGGAUUUUGCAGAGGAGUCCCAGGCAGAG